AUGAAGAUCCCUGUUAGUAUUUCUUUAAGUACCUACUUAGCAUAUUGUAAACAAGAUGACAACUGUGAGCCUCAAAGAAAAUUAAAAUCUGAAAACUUUGAGUGGGAUGCGAAUCAUCCAAAAUCACUUUCGUCUAUUUGUGUUGAAAAAUUAAGUGAAAAUUGGGUUGGAUCUCCUAAGUUGGAUGAACUAAUUGCGAAGGAUCGUGAUGUAUUCCUGCAAAUUUUAAAUACCAAUGUGCCACUUCAAAUUCUGGUUGAUAAUAUAAAAAAUGAUGUAUUUUGGAAGAGAUGUUAUUAUUCUAAAUGGAAUGAUUCGCUGUUUACGGCUGAACAAAAACCAUGGAUCAAUCUAUUCAUGGAGCGUUUUUAUGCAGAUGUAUUGGAAAAAAUGAAUCCGAAGGAAUACGAUCCAGAGAAGGCAAAACAAUUGGUAAAGCUUUGUGGACCUUACGUUCAAUCGUUAAUAAUAAAAAGCUUAGUUCCAUCCGAUAUUCCCGUACAGAGGAUUACCUCUCCAGAAAUGGCCGAACUUUUAACAUGUCGGCGACAGAGUGAGCCGAAAACUACAAAAAAUAUUCAUCAGUUAAAUAGAGAUCAUAUAUCGUUACAUGCGGCUUUGGGUAGUUUAACUAAUUUGACAGAAUUACACAUUACUUACCAGCUUAGUUCCGUCGGCGAGAAUUAUAGAAGAGACCAAUUUCAGUUCAUUAAUAAUGAUGCAAAGAAUUUGGCGUCUGGCUUGGAGAAAUGUAAUCUUUUGAAAGUACUCAGAAUUACUAGAAGUGACAUGAAUUGUCAAAGGGUAAAAUAUAUUUUACGUGGACUAUCGGAUAACGUAAACCUAGAAACUUUAGACUUCAGUCACUGCAAAAUUGGCGACGAUGGUGUGUCGUUUGUAGCUAAAUUCAUAUCGAAACACGACAAACUCAGAAAUCUUAUUUUGGCAGACAAUAUGUUUGGACCCGAUGGAGGUGAAAACAUAGCACAUGUAUUAAAUCAUACAUGCUGUGGUCUGCGAACCUUAGAUUUGCGACUAAACAAUAAACUUGGUUCAGAUGGUAUCGCUCACAUAGCAGUUUCACUCGCACGGGGAUGCAAUCUAACCUCUUUAAAUAUAUCCGCCUGCGGAAUAAAACCUGGUCCGCUACAAAAGUCACCAGCUGGUGUUUGGUCUGCUUUAAAUGCUGAAAAUCAUCCAACCUGCGGCGAUAUCUUAGCAAGAGCAAUUGGUUUAGUGAAGACACCCCUUAGGUCUCUGGAUAUAAGCGUUAACAACAUUGGAUCGCCUAGUGAUAUAACGUUGUCUAACGCAAUUUGCCUGAGUUAUUUGAUAGAUAUAAAUUUAAAAAGAUCGGGGAUGAGCUCGAUGGCCAUGGCAAUAGCAGAAACUGCGGCUGCCGCUCAAAGACUCAGAAGAGAAGCAGAGAAAGGAAUAAGAUUCAGAAGAAGCGCUGGAAGAGUUGUGCAAGCAAGACGAGUUGCAAAGGGCAUGAAUAUAGAUGCAGAUCCGAUUCUUCUGGCUCAGCAAUUAUCUGCUCGACCAUCAAUCGUGUCUGUAACAUCAGAAGAAGGAACUUAUAGUAUUCAAACACAGCCUUUACCGACUGAUUUUGGAUUUGUGCCAGCAUUAAAGAGUCCUUUACCAUCUUCUCGCACUUCUUCAAUUACCGCAGUAUCAACCUCAAGAAGGUCAAGCCAUCAUGUCAUCUUGGAGCCAGUCAAAGAAGUACGUCGCACUGCUUUAGUUCGACGUCGAUCAGAUGGCUCGCUGUUGCAACAUCGUGACAUAAACUCCCAACGUCAUAUAAAAAUAUAUAUAUCAAAUGAAGACGAAUAA